UCCCGCUCUACUAGUUUUGAUUAUACAACUACAGAGACCAUCCGUUCCCGCCGGCACUUGCAACAAGCACGCGGGUAGAAGCAUUCGGCUCUUCGAUAUCUUUGAUGCACGUCACAACUUGACUUGUACCUGAGCAUGCUUCCACUUGUAUCACCUGUCACUAUGGAUACCCAAUAUGUCGGAUCGGGCCUGACCGUCUUUACCGAUAUUUUCUUGCGCAAAGGGUACUUACGUCAAAUGCUUCCUGUUAGCAGAAAAAAACGACCCUCUUUAUUCCCAACGUUCUCAUUCUCCAGAAUCCUCCCAAAUGUCAUUUUCCAUACCCCGGUAUAGGCCGAUUUGUGCCAGACUCUCCAGAUUAGGAGGCUCUGUCAAGGAAUGGUCCAGAAAGCCCACCAGCGAGACGUCGCCUACAGCACCUACCUGGGACGAAGAAGCAUCGAGUACUCACCUAAGUGAUGCCGACUUACCACCGAAAAAACCGUUCGACUCUUCGUUGGCUGAAGUUGGGUUCUGCUUUGCAGUUUGUGGAUCGCAAGCCCUUGCUGAAUAUCUCUUGACCGGCGCUGGGCAAAUUUUCAAUUCCGUGGCAGAAGACUUUCACUCUUCAACCACGAGUAUGGCCUGGGCAUCGUGUAUCCAUAGCGUCAUCGUCGCUUCUGCAACUCUUCCGUUCGCACGCGCUGCCGAUAUCCAUGGAGGCUACCCUGUCUUCAUCUUCGGAAUGAUCUGGAUACUCGUCUGGACUAUCGUCGCCGGGUUUUGCAAAAAUACGGUCAUUUUUGCGAUAUGCCGCGCCAUGCAUGGUUUUGCGCUUGCGGCCAUUCAACCAGCUAGUUUGGCCAUGAUUGGGGCAAUCUAUAAAGCCGGAAGGCGGAGAAACAUUGUGUUGGGUAUCUUCGGUGCCUGUGCUCCUUUUGGUUUCUUUGCUGGAGUAGCCAGUGGGACGCUUUCCGCAAACUUCCAUCGUUGGCAGUGGUAUUUCUGGACUGCUGCAUUACUGUCAUUCGUGGUCAUACUAGCGACAAUUCUAACCAGCCCUCAAGCAUGUCGCGACCCACUUCCCUGCAAGAUCGGAAUGGACUGGUGGGGUUCUUUCACAAUUUUCUCCGGGCUCCUACUAAUCACCUACUCACUUUCUACCGGGUCCGACUACUCCCACGGAUACUUCUCCUGGCACACUCUAGUCCCACUCGGCAUCGGCUUACUUCUACUCUGCAUCUCCGUCUACAUCGAGCUCAAAGUCGCCGCAAGCCCCCUCCUACCAAAACGCUUCUUCGCCAACCCCUCCACAAUCCCCUUCAUCCUCGCCUGCCUCUUCUUCUACGGUGCCUUCGGCAUCUUCCUCUUCUACGCCACCUUCUACCUCCAAACCAUCGCCGCCACCCCCCCGCUCACCCUCCUCCUCUACUUCACCCCGCUCGGCCUCGUCGGCAUCCUCAUCUCCCUCCUCGCCGGGCUCAUCAUGCACCGCAUCCCCCUCACACUCCUCCUCCUCUUCUCCGGGCUUGCCUGGAUCCUGACGCCCCUCCUCUUCGCCUUCGUCACGCCCACGGCCUCGUACUGGCCCCUCGUCUUCCCCGCCAUGGUCUGCGCCGCGCUCGGCCUCGACCUCACCUUCACCAUCUCCACCGUGUUUCUGACGUCGUCGCAGCCGCUCGAGUUCCAGGGCGUCGCGGGCGCCGUCUGCUCAAGCCUCGUGAAUCUGGCGAUUGCGUUCUCGCUGGGCUUGGCGCAUGUCGUGUUUUCGCAGGUCGGGGGUGGGCAGCUGGGGGCGUAUCGGGCGGUGUUUUGGCUGGCGACGGCGAGUGCGGGGGUCGGGUUUGCAGUUUGUGUGGUGGCGGUGAGGAUUCCGAGGGCGGCGGGGCAGGUGGGGAUGGGGAAGGUGGAAGUGGAGGUGGAGGUGGAUAGUGGGAUGGGGGAGGAGGGGGGAAGCGAGGGGAUGGGAGCUGGAGAGGAGGGUAAGGAGAUUGGUGUCUAG